GUCCAGAAUAUUUCUUCCUGCGUACGAAUGAAACAGACACAUCGAAAUUAAAACAGUACAUGCUACUGAGCACAGGACUGUCUAGGGCGAUACGCAAUGGGCAGCAUUUCGCAGGGAGUCCUUUACCGUCCUUUGGCGGAAGGAGAGCUUCGCUUGAUCACCAUACAUCCGCAACUUGAGAACGACGUCCUCUGUUGUUCUCUAGAAACAUUUUCUCUCACUGAGACAACACCCGUCCAUCGCCAGUUCCUUCACUCAUACGAGUCUCCGAGUACACCUAGACGCUGGUUGAUCUCGACAUGGGCAUCCAUCCAGCGAGCCAAGGUAGUAAGUCGACUUCCAGCGACUCGUUCAAUGGGCUCCUUCACUCCAACACGCAACUGCUUUCGCUUUUCCUGGGGCGACUUUGCGGCAUUAUCAUACGUCUGGGGUACAGACCACGCGGGAAAGAUCAUUGUCAACGGCCAAGAGACGACGGUGACAAAAAACUUGGAAGAGGCACUGCGCGAGUUGAGGGUAGACAAAGGACGCUUUGCAGACAAGUACAAGUUGUGGGUCGACGCACUAUGCAUCAAUCAACUCGACGAAAAUGAAACCGCGGAGCAAGUAUCUAGGAUGCGGGAGAUUUAUUCCCAGGCAUGGGCAGUCAUCGCAUGGUUGGGACCAGCAGCAGACGACACCGAUCAGGGAAUGCAUCUCCUAUGUGGCCUCGCUCGCCUGAACAAUGAAGAGAAGGAUCAAUUAUCAGAUUCACUGGAAACGAAUCCAACAUACUUUGGUAAUUCUGCAUUUUAUGGCCUCAACAGUCUCAUGAAGCGGCCGUAUUGGUCACGAUUGUGGAUUAUUCAAGAGCUGGUUCUCGGAUCAAACUCGACCGUGUUGAAGUGCGGGGGGCAUACCCUGGACUGGUCAACUUUCACUCACGGCAUUUCCACUCUGUAUCAUGGGGGAAUUUGGGCCGCUAAAGAUUGGCUGUUGAAGAGCGAAGUGAAGAAUAAGGAUAUUGGUUCAGACCCGCGGUGGGCGACAGCCAGCAUUCAUCUAGUCCACCAGGACCUACGACCACUGAGUAAGUACGAAGUCAGGGGUGGAGAGCGGCAAGGUAUGAGGAAGCUCCUCGAACUCGCCAAAUCUGAAAGUCGUGAUGAGAAGGACAAAGUCUUUGGCCUUCUUGGGAUGAUGGAUCCUGCUAUUGUACAACGGCUGGUUUGCAAAUACUCAAAGUCGACAGCAGAGAUCUUCCGCGCAACUACCGUUGCUUUCAUCGAACACUACGGCAACCUGGAGCCACUCCGAGAAGCUAACCCUUGGGGUAGCGCUCAUACGCUUUCAUGGGUUGUAGACUGGACUUGGCGAGGCAGACUCCGGUAUUCCAAGCCGGAGUCCGUUUUCAUCGGCCCGUUUUGGACUCCUGGCACCCCAGAGCCUCGACCAGAGACGAUUUACUGUGCAGACGGGCAAAGAAGGCCUCAAUAUUCCUUUCUUACUGGUGGCCAGCUGCUUAGAUGCCAAGGGCUCAUUCUAGAUACGGUGUGUGGGCUCGGGGCUUGCAAGCGUGGCCAUUUUGAAUGGGACACAACAACGGUUGUGCAACCAGAAACAUGGACAAGCAUCUAUAGCGACACGCCAAAAGCAUUGUACAGCGCCUUGCUUCUCGGGCGUGUUUCAAAUGGCGAGCAUGUCAGUGAGCGACAUAGCGCUUUACUCAAUCUGCCCAGGACAUACGAUUCGGCGUUUGGGCAGUUUGAGUCUCUGGGGUGGCCAUGGAUGAAGGAUCAAGAAGCGUACUACUUCCGAUGGGUGGGGUGGAACAAGGUCCACGACAAGAUGAAGAUGGGUGGCAAGUGUCUGGGCGAAUACUUCACAGAUCUGAUCCCAGAGGAAGCCUCCGAGUUCGACUACGCCGAAGUGUUUUUGGCGGCUGAUCGAUCCGGGAUCGGUAGACGGUUGAUGUUCACGCAAAAGGGCUACCUGGGGUGGGCACCGGACAACACGCGCGGAUCGCUCGAGGAACAGGUCCAAACCGGUGACAUGAUUUGUGUCGUGUUUGGAUGCAGUACACCCUUGGUAAUAAGGCCAAUGGGGGAGAAUUUCCUCGUGUUAGGGGAGGCAUAUGUUGAGGGAAUGAUGGAUGGAGAAGCGGUAGCACUGUUGGAGCGGGGUGAGCUGGUGGAACAGGAGCUGGUUUUCGUGUAAGCGCCGAGGGGCCAGGAUGGAGGGCGGGGGGAUACAUGGGGUCAAGGUGCAGUCGAAGGAGAAGUAACCGUAGAUCGAGUUAAAAAUUUUUU